AUGACUCUCAACAUCACGUUUCCACGAGAAUCAGUGACUAGACAAGUUGUCAUUCUGCAGGUGGUGCGACGCAACGGAUUAAUAAGGUGCAAUAAACUGUUCCUCUAUCCUGGCAUUUCAGGCCAUCAAAUGCAUCUCAUUAAGUACGACCAAACCCAAUGCAUGCGGCUGCUCGAGGGUCUACGGCCGAAGAUCAACUUAGCCAAGAUUUGGCACGCCUACUUUGCGUUUCAUCGUUACUUUGUGGCGACCCUAUCAACUGAGGCGGAAGUGAAGGCACGCAACCAACAGCAACAAGGAACUGAAAAUAUUUUGGACUCCCUUUCGGGUCUGUCCCUGCACAAAUCUACAGAGCAUCAAAUGCCAACCGCUUCGUCAAGCGCAGACAGCGUCGCCACCCAAUGUCCUCCAAUUUCAGGGGAGAUCGACAACAAAGCCUCAUUUCGUCAUGGCCGGGUGUCAAUUCCAUUUAGUAAUUUAAUGCGCAAUUUUACCUCCACCGUUGCAUGGCGGGCGCUGUGCGCAGCAGUGGAUUCGCCCGACAUCAUACAAGUUUGUUCACAUGGCGACGCGGAUAUAAUCUCGCCUGCAGAAAUGCAAAGCCUUGAGAAGACCUUAGCUUCUGCCUCCAAAUUUCGUACUGAAUGCAUGGACAGUGCAACGCCUUCGCCUGUGCCCUAUCAUCGGCGUCUUUUGCGGGAAAUACUGAAGCCUGUUGGUAUAGACUGGAAGGCCCUAACCACGCCUGCUCUGCUGCCACUCACUACGGAUUACUUUCCAGAGGCUUCAAGCCUUCUAGGCGAGGAGUACAUGAUCCAUGAAUACCGAAUUGUUCUCAUCACCAUUUCUGAUAAGGAGUGGAAUCUCCACUUUGGCCAGUUCAUUUAG